UGUAAAUGUAUCUAAAUUGCUUCUCUUUAUAAGUACCCAUUAAUUAAAAACCAUAUGGUUCUUCACAACCAACAGAUCCAAAUUUCACUCUCGCACCAUAAUAAACAAUAUACCUCGCAUCAUUUUGUUAUAAUUAGCGGUUACUCGUUUAUAAACUAUUUUUUUUUUCUUUCUCUUCCUAUCGAUUUUUGACGACCCAAUGAUAUACAACAUAAUUAUACGCUCAAAUAUUUCCAACGUUAAUACCAAUAAGAAGUCCAUUAAUUGAAACCUGUCGCCCACACAACGAACAGCUGUUUUGUUGACAUACUCUCACGGUACUCCAUAAAACUUGCCAUUCACUCUGGGUGCUCCUGUCCACCAGGCCAAUAAUUGCGAACAAGUGUUGACAGCACCAAAUCGACCACAACGCCUCUGAGAUUCACCUACCAUGCGAUGCAUCUUCAGUUAUGAGGUGUUGGACGGCGUCAACCGACACUUUCGAGGGCUGGAGAAGUCUCCAGUAAAAGGCAAUUCGUCGAGUUCGCGAACUCCCAGCUCUCGCUUUUCAACAAGCUCAAAUUCCUCUACAAAAAACAUACUCUACAAGUCAAGAUGGAACUCAAUUGAGUUUUACUGUUACUAUAUAAUCAUUGCGGUUGCACUCACUGCAUGUGGUCUUGUUAUGUUCAGUGUCAGUUCUCCAAGUCAUCCAGGCUAUUACAAGUUUUCAAAAGAAUUGUCAAAAGGAUGGAUGUUUGGACGAAAAGCAGACGUAACAGACUACCAGUAUUCUUCCUUCCGAGAAGCUGUUAUUUUGCUCUUUGUGCUUAUGGGCUUUUAUUUUCUUGUCAAAAAAAUAGUUUUAAGAUGCUUCUCAAAGUCAUUCGGCCAUAAAAAUGUGCAAUCGUGCUAUCGCUUUGUUUUUUCUCUCAUCUUCGCGUUUUCGGCCUUUGGCUCCGGAAUGCUAUUCGUUUUUGCUAUUCUACUUGUCAACUUCUCAAUUGCUAUGAUAGCUAAAGACAGUGUGCUUAACCCAAUUAUCACCUGGACUUUUAAUAUCAUCGUGCUUGUCUGUAACGAACUGUAUACCGGAUACAGUUUUGCUGCUAUCCAUCCGUCACUGGCUAAACUGGACCACAUGAAGGGCAUUCUGCAGCGUUGGCAUGUUUUAUUUAACCUCACCACGCUCCGUUUAAUAUCAUUCAAUUUGGAUUAUUAUUGGUCUUUGAAGUCCAAAGAAACAUUGAAGACGUUCAUGGCAUCCAAGGAACGUUCUGUUGAAUCAUUAACGCUUCGAGAACGUAUGGAGUUGUCCAGAGAGCAACACGAAUACAACUUCUUUAAUUACAUUCUUUAUCUAUUUUACGCCCCUUUAUAUCUCGCAGGCCCAAUAAUCACGUUCAACAACUUUAUGUCUCAGUUGGAACAUCCUUUUAAAAGUAAUGUACCCCACAGAAACUUAUACUACGGAAUUCGUAUGGUCCUGUGUAUGGUUCUUAUGGAACUCCUUUUGCAUUUUGCCUACGUCAAUGCCAUCAAAAACUACGGAGAUUGGGGUUAUUAUAAUCAAGUCGAGCUUUGCAUGAUCAGUUUUGUGUUACUUUUCAUGACCUGGUUGAAACUAUUAAUUCCCUGGCGCGUCUUUCGGUUUUGGUCCCUAUUAGAUGGCAUUGAUCCUCCCGAAAACAUUAUUCGCUGUAUGUGCAAUAACUAUUCCGCACUCGGUUUCUGGAGGGCAUGGCAUCGAAGCUACAAUCGCUGGCUUGUACGCUAUAUAUACGUUCCAUUGGGUGGAAAAGCUCAUUCUCUCCGUAAUACGUUUGUUGUUUUCACCUUUGUUGCAUUUUGGCAUGAUCUUACGUUAACUUUGCUGUGUUGGGGGUGGCUCAUUGUCUUGUUUAUUCUCCCCGAACGGCUUACGGUCUAUGUCUCAUACAAAAUUGGUCUUCACAAGAAGCCCUACUUUCGCAUAAUAUCCGGCAUCGGUUAUGGUCUCAACAUCCUUUUUAUGAUCAUAUGUAAUCUUGUUGGUUUUGCACUUGGCAUCGAUGGCUCGUCUCAAGUACUCAGGGAACUUUUCCUAACACAAGAAGGCAUUAAGUCCCUUACUAUAGGUUGGCUACUCAUGUACACCGGUGUCCAGUUUAUGUUUGAAGUUCGUCGGGGAGAAGAACAUCAAGGUUUAUUUUUACGUUGUUAAACCUUCUAGCACACCGAGACACCCGGCGUUGUUACAUGAGUAGUUUAGAGGAUUGCUUGAUGUAAAAUCCUCGGACUAUUUGUUAAGGUUAGGAUUGUGUAUAUUCAGCAAAAAAAAUGUUUCCCGAAGUUUCACUCAUAGCUCUAGCGUUGAGUUUUCCUUUUUUUUUUUCCAUGUCGUCUUAGAAAUGAGUUAUAUUAAUAUGCAUUUUAUUCACAAAGUUAUGUGAUUUAAUAUCAGCUUUCCGUCACAGGUAUUUUAAAAAAUUAGUUCAAAUUUACCAAAAAAAUAACAGUAUAUAUGAUACAACUAAGUACUC